AUCGAAGAGCUUCUGAAGGAGGUGACAUUGAAGGAGACAAAGAAGAAGAAGAUUGAUGCUUUCCUCCAUGACAUUAACAGCCUGCUCAGCGCCAUCCCAGCGACCCCAGAAACAGAACUCACCGACCAGGCCUGGCUCCCCAAGGGAGUGAAGGUGCCAUUUCUGCAGGUGCCGUUCAGCGUGAAGGGGAGGUUCCACUUCAUGCCCCCAACUGAGGUGAAGGUGGUGGGCAGCUACCUUCUGGGCACCUGCAUUAAGCCAGAGAUCAAUGUGGAUGUGGCGGUGACCAUGCCACGGGAAAUCUUCCAGGACAAAGAUAACCUGAAUCAGCGCUACCACCGGAAGAGAGCUCUGUACCUGGCCCACAUCGCCCAGCACUUCUCCAAGGAGAAGCUCUUUGGCAGUGUGAAGUUUGCCUACAUGAACAGCAACCAUCUCAAGCCCAUCCUGCUCCUGAGGCCUCAAGGCAAGGAUGAGAAGAUGGUCACCGUCAGACUCCAUGCGUGUCCUGCUCUGGGUGUCUUCAAACCCAGCCGCUUCUAUCCCAGCAAGAACAACGUCCGGACAGCCUGGUUCAUGGAGCAGAGCAUCCCCAAAGAAGGAGCCACCGAACCCCCAACCCCGCACUACAACAACUCCAUCCUCUGCGACACAGUGCUGCUCUCCCACCUGCACUUCUUGUCUACUGCAGCGACUGACUUCCAGGGCAUGAAGGAUGGCCUGGCCCUUCUCAAAGUUUGGCUGAACCAGCGGCAGCUCAGCAAGGGCUUGGGGUGCUUCAGUGGCUUCUUGGUCUCCAUGCUGGUUGCCUACCUGCUGAUGAAACGCAAGAUUGUCAAGGUGAUGAGUGGGUACCAGGUGCUGAGAAGCACCCUGCAGUUCCUGGCCACCACUGACCUGAGCAUGACGGGGAUCAGCCUAGCAAAGGAUGUGGAUGCCUCCCUGCCUGUUCUGGAUGACUUCCACCAGGCAUUUGAAGUGGUCUUUGUGGAUCCCUCCGGGCUGGUGAACCUCUGUGCUGAUAUGACUGCCAGCAAAUACCACCAGGUCCAGUUCGAAGCCAAACGCUCCAUGGAAAUUUUGGAUGAUCGGACGGUGGACGGCUUUCAGGCACUGCUCAUGACUGCAAAGCCCAUGCUCAGAGCCUUUGACCAUGUCUUCCACCUAAAACAUGUCUCCAAGCUGCAGGGUGCCUGCAAGAAGAUGCAGCUGCUGAAUGAACUGAUGGAUCAGGGUGGGAACUACGUGGCUGCUGCCCUUCCCUUCAUUGUCUCGCUGCUGACCCGUGGGCUGGCCGGGAGAGCACUGCUUGUGGCCCACUCCUUGCCCCAGAUCCCUGAGUGGCCUAUUGAUGCUGAGCCCCCGAAACACAAGGAUAUUGGGCCCCUGACAUUUGGGCUCCUCUUUGUCCCUGACUUUGCUGCCAGCACACUGGAGAAGGGACCACAGGCUGAUCACCCUGAGGCCCUGGACUUCCGGACCUUCUGGGGAGAGAAGUCGGAGCUGCGGCGGUUCCAGGAUGGCAGCAUCUGUGAGGCGGUGGUGUGGGAGGCCAACACCACCUGCCGGAAACGCCUCAUUCCUGAGCAGAUUGUCAGGCACCUGCUGAAGCUCCACGCAGACAUUCCUGAAUCCUCCAUCUGCUACACGGGAGCCCUGCUGGAGUCUGUGAUCAGGACUGGGCAAGAGGUGUUGGGGACGGGUGAGGAGGCCAUGGUCAACGUUGUCUGCUCUUAUGACGACCUGAGCCGCAAGCUUUGGAACCUGAAGGGGCUGCCACUGACAGUGACAGCUGUGCAAGGUGUCCAUCCAGCACUCCGGUACACAGACGUCUUUCCUCCCAUUCCUAUGAAGCCGAUUUAUUCCUUCCAUACCCUAAUCAAGACCAAGCGCUUACUGCUUCCCUCGGAGGAGAAGUCCUGCCCAGCCUACAUAGCCCCUUUGAAGAUCAUCUGCCACAUGGAAGGCAGUGGCCAGUGGCCACAGGACAAAGAAGCCAUCAAGCGCAUCAAGGCAGCUUUCCACCUCCAGCUGGCUGAGCUCCUCCAGCAGCAGCACCAGCUGGUUUGCAGACCUGCGGUCACCCACACCGAUGUGUACAAGGAUGGCUACGUUUUCCGUCUCCAAGUAGCCUACCACCGGGAGCCCCUGAUCUUGAAGGAAGUGGUCACCCCUGAAGGGAUGGUGAAGUACGAGGACACAGAGGAGUCUCAGCAGCUGGAGCUGGAGACGUUGCAUCUGCCCUAUCUAACCAGCUCCCUGCAUGGGCUCCAGCAGCAGCACCCUGUCUUUGGCAGCACUUGCCGGCUGGCCAAGCGCUGGGUCAGUGCCCAGCUCCUGAGUGACAGCAUUUCUGAGGAGUGUAUGGACCUCCUUGUGGCAUUUCUCUUCCUCCACCCAGCCCCCUUCACACCGCCCAGCUCUCCUCAGGUGGGGUUCCUGCGCUUCCUUGACUUGCUGGCAACCUUCGACUGGAAAAAUAACCCUCUGAUCGUCAACCUGAACGCUGGCCUCACAGAUACUGAUUGCACAGAGAUAAAGAACAAGUUUGUGGCUGCUCGCUCUCGCCUCCCCAUCAUGUUCAUUGCCACCCCCAAAGACCAGUGGAGCUCCAUGUGGACCCAAGAGCGACCCUCAGCACAGAUCCUACAGCGCCUUCUCGUGCUGGCCUCAGAGUCUCUCAGGGCCCUGGAAGAGCAGCUCAUGGACCCGCUCAGCAGCCAGGAUGUGAAGAUGGUCUUCCGCCCUCCUUUGGACUUCUAUGAUGUCCUAAUCCACCUGAAUCCAAAACAGAUUCCUCGGCAUCUGGAGAGCGUGGACCGGCCACAAAAGUCCUUUACCCGGGGUGUGGUGAAGAACAGCACUGCUGUGAAGAUCCUCUUCCCUGUGGUGGAUUAUGACCCUGUACAGUGUUACCUCCAGGAGCUGAGAGACGCUUUCAGCAAUCUCGCCUUGUUCUUCUACGACAAGCAUGGUGGGGAAGUAAUUGCAGUCUUGUGGAAACCUUUGAGCUUUCAACCUCAGCCUUUUAAGGUCUCCAGCAUGAAAGGAAGGAUGGUGACAACUCUGAACAACGAGCUGGUCUGCGUUCCCAACGUGGAGGCAAUUCUGGAGGACUUUGAGGUUAUGGGAGAAGGCCUGGUCAAAAGUGUGGAAGCUCGUACAGAGAAAUGGACUAUCUGAGGCUACUCAGAGGUGUCAGAGGGACCCAUCCUGAAACAGAGUUUGUUCACUCUGGGACUGUUCCUUUUUUAUAAAUCAGUCCUAGAAAAGGUGUUGAGUUU